AUGACUCGUCGACCAUAUAGCCAGGUCCCUCUAGAAGGAUGUGGCAGGCAUCUAUCGGCACAAUGUCGCACAAGAGUUCCUCAAUACAGGACGUGUGUUCAAGAGACUAGGUGGAAGGGGCAAAAAGCAAAAGGUAUAAAAGGAUAUAAGUUGUGGUAUCUAGGGCUGGACGACAGACGUAACGGGGUUGGCAUCCUAGUGUCUAAUGAUAUCCUAAAGCAAUUGGUUGAAGUAAGGAGAUGUAAUGAUAGGAUCAUGCUAGUUAGGAUAGUACUAGGGGAAGAGAUUAUAUCAAUUGUUAGUGCGUACGGGCCCCAAGUUGGUCUCGACGAGCAGGUGCAAUGCGAGCUCUGGGAUAACCUAGGAGACCUCAUGAGAACUAUCUUGGAAGACGAGAAAGUUUUCUUAGGAGGAGACUUUAAUGGACAUAUAGGCAACUAUAACUCGAUACAUGGUGGGUUUGGUUUGGUGACAAGGAAUGAGAGUGGGGAGAAUUUGCUGGAUUUUGCGCUAGCAAAAGAAUUGGUUAUACCAAACUCGAUCUUUAAAAAGAAAGAUGAGCAUUUGACCACAUAUAAGAGUGGCGGGCAUGCAACCCAACUUGACUAUUUCCUAGUGCGCAAGGGAGAUCGGGCAUCAUGCUUGGACUGUAAGAUGAGGAAGAAAAUCGUUGAGAAGAAGGCCGAGUCCAGGGGAAAGAUCAUGUGGGGGAGACUCAAAGGGGACAUGGCCACAACUCUGUCAACCAAGAUAAGUUUAUUGGGAUUCUCAAGACAAUCAGAGAAUGCAAAUGAAAUGUGGACAAACAUGGCAGAAACCAUUAGAAAAGUGGCAAAAGUGACCUUUGGUGUGUCGUCGGGUAACCAAAAGUGUUCAAAGAGUCGUGGUGGUGAAAUGAGGAAGUGGAAAAGAAGAUAA